AUGUCUACUCACCAAACCUUGAUUGCCCUUCAAAACUGGGCUCUCAAGUCCACUGAGGUAGCUCGUCUUUGGGCGCCACAGCUAGCUCAGUACCCCUUGACACGCAAUACAGCAAUUGCGUCAGCAGCUCUUGGAUUUUCUUACUGGGUCAAUCGUGCCCUGAACCGUCUAAGCCUAGACAACUGGACAAAGGCCAAACGCUGGGACAACGAGUAUGAGUUGGUCCUCAUCACUGGUGGAUGCAGCGACGAAAACGUAGCAUUCUACCGCGCAGACGUGACAUCCUCUGAAAGCAUCCAUGCCGCCGGAAUCAAAAUCCGUGCCGAGCAUGGCAACCCAACAGUACUCAUCAACAACGCCGGCGUAGGCAGUAACAGUCCCAUGCUCGAAAAGUCCGAAGCUGGAAUCCGGCAAGUUUUCGACGUCAACACCAUCUCACACUUCCUGAUGGUGCAGGAAUUUCUGCCAGACAUGAUCCGAAACAACCAUGGGCACAUCGUCACUAUUGCUAGUGUGGUUAGCUUCGUGGGCUUGGGAGGGUGGAUUGACUAUUGUUGCUCGAAAGCUAGUGCCCCCGCGUUCCACGAAGGUCUCAGCCAGGAACUGAGUCUUUGGUACGACGCGCCCAAAGUACAGACCAGCAUCUUCCACCCUGCUUGGGUGCGUACGCCCCUAAUAGAGUCGUUCGCGUCUUCUGAGGAGGAAUUCAAACAGUCCAUACUGGAGCCCGAGGUCGUGGCUGAGGCUGUGGUCAAGCAGAUCCUCACUCAGAGAGGUGGUCAGAUCAUUCUACCAGAAAACAUGUUUGUAAUCUCGCUGCUUCGUGCGUUCCCCUAUUGGAUGCAGCGAAGCAUGACUGCUGCAGCAGAUAAGGGACUAAAUGCUGUCUAUGACCGGCAGCUGAAAUCCUCUGCGGGCACAAAAUUGCAGUCUAGCCAGGCUUGA